UUCGCCCUCGAGAAGGUCCACUUCCUAGGACACAUAGUGAGCGCUCAAGGAGUUCACGUGGACCCAAGAAAGUUGAAGCCGUACGUACGUGGAAGACACCCGAGAACGUGAAGGAGUUGCAGCAGUUCCUAGGCUUCGCUAAUUACUAUAACAGGUUCGUGCCACAGUAUGCGAAACUCGCAGCACCACUCACGGAUCUGCUGAAGAAGAACACGCCCUACAAAUGGGAGCCACAGCACCAGGAAGCCGUGGAGCAGCUGAAACAAGCACUCACGUCCGCACUGGUACUCGUCUUGCAAGAUCCCGAACGCGACUACGUAAUCGAAGCCGACGCCAGUGACCAGGCAGUGGGAGCAGUCUUGAUGCAAGACCAAGGAAGUGGACUGCAACCAAUCGCCUACCUCAGUAAGAAACUACACGGGGCAGAACUAAACUACCCGAUACACGACAAAGAGGCCCUUGCCAUCGUCAUAGCCUUCAAAGCGUGGAGAUGUUAUCUCGAAGGACAACGAACAACCGUCUACACUGACCACUGCAGCCAGAAAUAUUUGAAGACACAACCCAUCCUUUCCAGGCGACAGGUCCGGUGGAUCGACUUCCUCAAGACACACUUCCAUUAUGACAUCGUGUACAAGCCCAGCCACAAAAACAAUGCAGACACCCUCAGCCGGCCUGCGCACGUUGCCGCUAUUCAGAUCGAAGAGAUGAAUCCACUCCUCAAGGGACUCUUCACACACGGGUACGCCAUUGACCCCGAAAUUCCCUUGGCAGAAAAACGACAUCUGCUACACCAUGGCAAGUGGUUAGCCUGGACUUCAUUACCGGGUUACCACCUACCACCAGCGGUCAUGACGCAAUCCUUUUCGUCAUCGACAAGUUCUCCAAAAUGGGACACUUCAUCCCGACACACACAACAGCGCGCACCGAGGAGACAGCACAACUCUUCGUUCGUCACAUCAUCUCUCAGCAUGGCAUUCCAACCACUCAUCUCCGACCGAGACCCCAAAUUCACCAACAAGUUCUGGAAGGAACUUAUGUCUCUACUCGGGACCAAAAUUGCCAUGUCAUCCGCCUACCAUACGCAGACAGACGGACAGACCAAGCGCCUCAACCAAAUUGUUGAGCAACUCCUCCGAGCAGCCUGCAAGGACGAGAUCUCCAAAUGGGACCUGCACCUGCCCGUUCUAGAGUUUGCUUACAACAACGCUACACAUGCCGCUACUGGACAGACGCCGUUCUUCCUCUACUACGGACGCCACCCACUCACACCACAGAAACCGACCAUAUCCGCUACAGUCCAACCUGCACAUGAUUUCAUCACAACCAUGCAUCAGCUUUGGGAUCGGACCCACAAGUGCCUCCUCGACAUUCAGCAGCAACAAAAGCGCCAGGCCGAUCGCCAUCGCAACGACCACACCAUCACGAUUCACAACGCCUUCCAUGUCCAACUUUUGAUGCCCUAUCAGGAUCCGAACACGAUCUUUGUCGGACGCCAACCACCGCCGCCGCCUCCCGUCCUUGUUCAGAAUGAACCCGAGUACGAGUUCGAGUCCGUGCUUGCACACCGCCAUCGUCGGAAUGGCGCCGUGGAGCUUCUCAUCCGUUGGAAGGGUUAUGAUCCUUCUAAGGACAGCUGGGUCCCUGAGUCCGACAUGGGUAACGCCCGUCGUCCUCUGCAUGACUACCUUGUCAAGCAGGCUACCGCUAUACCGCACACAUCAACACGAGAUCAUGGAGGAACCGGGUUCGAAGCCGACCUUCCGAGCACCAUAUCGGCUCAGCCCUGUGGAGCUGACCGACAUGAAAAAACAGAUCGAGUAUCUCCUAGCCAAAGGACUCAUCCGACCAUCCACUUCGCCAUACGGUGCCCAAUACUCUUCACACCGAAACCGGACGGAAGCCUGCGCAUGUGCAUCGACUACCGAGCUCUCAACAAGCAGACCAUCAAGAACAAAUACCCGAUACCACGAAUCGAUGACCUGCUUGACCAGCUUCGGGGAGCUACGGUAUUUUCCAAACUGGAUCUGCGGUCCGGAUACUGGCAGAUACGGAUGGCGGACAACUCUAUCCACAAAAUUGCUUUCCGAACUCGGUAUGGAUCGUACGAUUAUUUGGUAAUGCCGUUCGGACUCACCAACGCACCGGCAACAUUCCAAGCCGAAAUGAACCACAUUCUACGACCACUUUUGGACGAGUGCGUGGUGAUGUACCUGGACGACAUCCUCAUCUACUCGCGCGACAUGAAGCAACACGCCGAACACCUGCGACGCGUCUUCGAAAUUCUUCGACGAGAACAGUUCUACGUCAAAAUGUCCAAGAGUGAGUUCGCCCUCGAGAAGGUCCACUUCCUAGGACACAUAGUGAGCGCUCAAGGAGUUCACGUGGACCCCAAGAAAGUUGAAGCCGUACGUACGUGGAAGACACCCGAGAACGUGAAGGAGUUGCAGCAGUUCCUAGGCUUCGCUAAUUACUAUAACAGGUUCGUGCCACAGUAUGCGAAACUCGCAGCACCACUCACGGAUCUGCUGAAGAAGAACACGCCCUACAAAUGGGAGCCACAGCACCAGGAAGCCGUGGAGCAGCUGAAACAAGCACUCACGUCCGCACUGGUACUCGUCUUGCAAGAUCCCGAACGCGACUACGUAAUCGAAGCCGACGCCAGUGACCAGGCAGUGGGAGCAGUCUUGAUGCAAGACCAAGGAAGUGGACUGCAACCAAUCGCCUACCUCAGUAAGAAACUACACGGGGCAGAACUAAACUACCCGAUACACGACAAAGAGGCCCUUGCCAUCGUCAUAGCCUUCAAAGCGUGGAGAUGUUAUCUCGAAGGACAACGAACAACCGUCUACACUGACCACUGCAGCCAGAAAUAUUUGAAGACACAACCCAUCCUUUCCAGGCGACAGGUCCGGUGGAUCGACUUCCUCAAGACACACUUCCAUUAUGACAUCGUGUACAAGCCCAGCCACAAAAACAAUGCAGACACCCUCAGCCGGCCUGCGCACGUUGCCGCUAUUCAGAUCGAAGAGAUGAAUCCACUCCUCAAGGGACUCUUCACACACGGGUACGCCAUUGACCCCAAAAUUCCCUUGGCAGAAAAACGACAUCUGCUACAGUGGGACAAUGACAUCGCGUACCGGAAAGGAUCAACGAAAAUCUGGGUACCCUAUUACCCUCCUUUGCGCCAAUUACUACUUGAAGAAUACCAUGACGUCCUAUACGCCGGACACUUCGGUAGCAACAAGACGCUGACCGGUAUCGCAAAACACUACUACUGGCCCCACUUGGCAGAAGAUGUUCAGAAGUUUGUCACCUCGUGUGAUACAUGUCAGCGGAUUAAGAGCAGCAAGCAAAAAAAGGCGGGACUUUCCCAGAACAGCCAUGGCAAGUGGUUAGCCUGGACUUCAUUACCGGGUUACCACCUACCACCAGCGGUCAUGACGCAAUCCUUUUCGUCAUCGACAAGUUCUCCAAAAUGGGACACUUCAUCCCGACACACACAACAGCGCGCACCGAGGAGACAGCACAACUCUUCGUUCGUCACAUCAUCUCACAGCAUGGCAUUCCAACCACUCAUCUCCGACCGAGACCCCAAAUUCACCAACAAGUUCUGGAAGGAACUUAUGUCUCUACUCGGGACCAAAAUUGCCAUGUCAUCCGCCUACCAUCCGCAGACAGACGGACAGACCGAGCGCCUCAACCAAAUUGUUGAGCAACUCCUCCGAGCAGCCUGCAAGGACGAGAUCUCCAAAUGGGACCUGCACCUGCCCGUUCUAGAGUUUGCUUACAACAACGCUACACAUGCCGCUACUGGACAGACGCCGUUCUUCCUCUACUACGGACGCCACCCACUCACACCACAGAAACCGACCAUAUCCGCUACAGUCCAACCUGCACAUGAUUUCAUCACAACCAUGCAUCAGCUUUGGGAUCGGACCCACAAGUGCCUCCUCGACAUUCAGCAGCAACAAAAGCGCCAGGCCGAUCGCCAUCGCAACGACCACACCAUCACGAUUCACAACGCCUUCCAUGUCCAACUUUUGAUGCCCUAUCAGGAUCCGAACACGAUCUUUGUCGGACGCCAACCACCGCCGCCGCCUCCCGUCCUUGUUCAGAAUGAACCCGAGUACGAGUUCGAGUCCGUGCUUGCACACCGCCAUCGUCGGAAUGGCGCCGUGGAGCUUCUCAUCCGUUGGAAGGGUUAUGAUCCUUCUAAGGACAGCUGGGUCCCUGAGUCCGACAUGGGUAACGCCCGUCGUCCUCUGCAUGACUACCUUGUCAAGCAGGGUGUUACUUCUACCACCCAGCUUUGAGGGGGGGAGGUGUGAGAGUACGACCCCGUUACACCAUU